UACCCUCUGCCAGGGUUCCCCAGAAGCUUUCAGCUCUGCCCACCGGCUCGCCUCACCCCGCCCCCGCCUCGCGGUGACACCGCCUGCAAACUGAGGGUGAGGACUGCCUGGAUUGGCUAGGACCUCUGUGUCACGGGGCUCCGCCCCUCGGCCUAUCUCACCCCACCCGGCCCCGGCGUGGAGAGGGGAUGCCGGGCUGCAAUUGGCUGCCCUAGGCGGGGACGGAUGACGCAAGGAGAGGCGGGGCCUGGCGGAGCCUUGAUUGGUCGUGGUGCUUAAGGGCGCGGAUCCUGGUCCCUUCUGUAAGCGGCCGUGGUCGCCUGGGCAGAUUAGCUUUGCUGCGCUUUGUGCAAGAUGAGGAAGGUGGCUUUGAUCACCGGGGCGAGCAGUGGCAUUGGGCUCGCCCUUUGCAAUCGGCUGCUGGCAGAAGAUGAGGAGCUGCACCUGUGUUUGGCGUGUCGGAACCUGAGCAAAGCAGGAGCUGUCCGUGAUGCCCUCCUGGCCUCUCACCCCUCUGCCGAAGUCAGCGUUGUGCAGAUGGAUGUCAGCAGCCUGCGAUCGGUGGUCCAGGGUGCAAAGGAAGUCAAACAGAAGUUUCAAAGAUUAGACUACUUAUAUCUGAACGCUGGGAUCAUGCCCAAUCCCCAGUUAAAUAUCAAAGCAUUUUUCUCUGGCAUCUUUUCAAGAAAUGUGAUUCAUAUGUUCUCUACAGCAGAAGGACUGCUGACCCAGAAUGAUAAGGUCACUGCUGACGGUUUCCAGGAGGUGUUUGAAACCAAUCUCUUUGGCCACUUUAUCCUGAUCCGGGAGUUGGAACCUCUUCUCUGCCACAGCGACAGCCCCUCUCAGCUCAUCUGGACCUCCUCUCGCAAUGCGAAGAAAUCUAACUUCAGUCUUGAGGACAUCCAGCACACCAAAGGCCAGGAGCCCUACAGCUCUUCCAAAUACGCUACUGACCUUCUGAAUGUGGCUUUGAACAGGAAUUUCAACCAGAAGGCAAGGCCCUUGUCAGAGAUGCAGAAGUUAACCAUCAGAGUCACUGUUUAUAGAGCAUGUCUGGCUUCCGCUAACCAUUGUAACAAAAGCCCUAUGGGGUCUGUAUUCCAGUGUGAUAUGCCCGGGGGUAGUAUUGACCAAUUUGACAUAUGGAAUUCUGCCUCCCUUUGUGUGGACUUUGCUCCUGCCAGUGAUGUGGCUGCUUCGCUUUUUUGCAAACGCUUUCACCUUGACACCGUACAAUGGAGCAGAGGCAUUGGUGUGGCUUUUCCACCAGAAACCCGAGUCUCUCAAUCCUCUGACCAAAUACCUGAGCUCCACCACAGGCUUCGGGACCAAUUAUGUCAAGGACCAAAAGAUGGACAUAGAUGAAGACACUGCUGAGAAAUUUUACCAAACCUUACUGGACCUGGAAAAGCGAGUUAGGAUCACCAUGGAAAAAUCAGAUCACCUGAGCUGAUGCUGACAGUCUCCAGAGCAUCCGGUACCCGCUGCACAUCCCGGGAUGUGUGGCUGUCCACGUGCUGGAUGAUGCGAUGAUGUGCAUCUGUAGUAAACCAUCAGCCAUGAUGAUCUCUGCUGCUACCUUUCUGAAUGAAUGAUCUCCAAGACUGUGUGUGUGCACUUGUGCAGGCAUGUACACAUGUAUGAGAAAGGAUUGGCAAAAUAGAGGAACCAAGUAAAUACCCUCCAAUAGUGUCCUUUCAGAUUGCUAGAGUUUCCUGCAGAGCAUCUGCAUGCAGCAUUCUGCUACCUGGAGCCAAGUGAUGAGACUUGAGUGACUGGGCCACAGGUGCAGCCUGAACCUCCUUUCAGUCCCAGCAAGUCUAGCUUCUUUUCUUGUUUCUGUGAUGGUUUUCCUACUCUCUGUUGUCUUCUUCAUCUGCUGCUCUGGAUAAUCUCACAGGAUCGUCCACCCCAUGCGACUGUCCACACAGUCAAUCUCAGGAGCACAGUAUGAAUGCAUUUGGACCACAUACAUUGUUUCUUCUCUUUAAAAGCAGUUUUGUUUUUAUCAGGUAGUGGAGCCGAAUCUUUAGUUAACAUCUUCAGACGUACUCGUAAGAACAGCCUAUCAUCAUGAUAGUAUUUCACUGAAAUUAAAUUUAAAGCAAAAAUUAUUCAUAUUCAUGUUUCAAUACAAUAAAAAAAACUUGAGAAA